CCGGCUGCCGGCGAGCGGCGAGCCGCGAGCGGCGAGCGGGCUUCCGCGAGCCCAAGGAGGCGCAGGCCUGUCCCGGGUCCCCGCAGGUCUGCGUGUCUGUUGUUCCCAGUACUCUUCGAGGCCUGGAAAGCAGGAGCAACCUGUCCAGAAUCCCCACAGGACACGAAAAGAGAGGAAAUCUCAGCAUGGAAAAACUCUACAGUGAAAAUGAAGGAAAACCAGAAAAGGAGGGAAAGCCAGAAGAUGAAGUAGAGCCUGAUGACGAAGGAAAGUCAGAGGAGGAAGAAAACCCAGACGUGGAGGGGAAGCCAGAAGAGGAGGGAAAGCUGGAGGAGGAGGGAGAGCCAGAUGAUGAGGGACAACCGGAGGCUGAGGGCAAGCAGGGCAAGCAGGGCAAGCAGGGCAAGCCCGCAGCUGAGGGCAGGCCCCGGGGUGAGGGCCAGCCAGCAUCCCAGGCAAAGGCAGGGAGCGAGCCGCGGGCCGCUGAGAAGCGCCCGGCUGAAGAUUACGUGCCCCGGAAAGCAAAAAGAAAAACGGACAGGGGGACGACGGACGACUCCCCCAAGGACUCUCAGGAGGACUUACAGGAAAGGCAUUUGAGCAGUGAGGAGAUGAUGAGAGAAUGUGGAGAUGUGUCGAGGGCCCAGGAGGAGCUAAGGAAAAAGCAGAAAAUGGGUGGUUUUCAUUGGAUGCAAAGAGAUGUCCAGGAUGCAUUCUCCCCGAGGGGCCAGCGGGGUGUCAGGGGAGUGAGGGGCGGAGGUAGGGGCCAAAGGGGCUUACAUGAUAUCCCAUACCUUUAAUGCCCUUGGCCUUCAAUUCUGAGUUCUCUGAUGAGUAUAUUGCCGGCCCUGCCCUGCUUUCCCUGGUAGAUAUUUGCCAGGCCCUGCGCUUUAACCUUAAGCUGAUACUUUGCUUUAGAUGUCACUCUUGUUACCAGCAGCCUUUUGAUCCACCUACAGCGCUCUGUCUUUUAAUAAAGGAUUUUCACCCAUGUGCAUGGAAGAGAUGUUCAUGGUACAUUGUGAAAUAACAAUAAAGAAAAAACAGUUUGCAGAACCACA